AUGUCCUCCUCCACGUUCAGCGCGCUGCACGUGGACGGGUACGUAUACGCCAGCCCGUCCAAGUCCAUCGCGCGCGACGACCUGAGCGACAGCGACGACGACACCGCGCUCAUGGACGCGUACAAUCAGGCGGUGGAGCGGUACAGGGAGACUCACGAUCCGAACGGCGCGGUGGCGGGCGCGACGGCGCUCUCGCCGGUGGGCGCGAGGUCGAAGCGAGCGGGGACGCCGUCGAAGCGAGCGGAGACGUGGGGAGCGCGGGGCCAGGAGGAGCCGGACGACGCGCCGGAUCCAUCGCCGGUGGCGUGGCCGCGCGGGGAUCAGCCGCUCGUGCGCGACGACGACGACGACGACGACGACGACGGGCGCCCGCCGUCGGGCGCCCGCGCCCGCGCGGCAUCGUCGCGACCCGGUGCGGCGCCCCAUCCACCGGAGGAGCCCUCACCCACCGGUGGCGCGAUGCGCGAAUGGAACGAGAUGACCGAGCGCGAGCGCGAGGCGGCGUGGGCGGACUACUACGCAUCAUCCGGGGGCGGCACAGCUGGCGGGUGGGAUCAUCGGCGUUGGAUCGGGCGCGGCGAGUACCGCGACCCGGAUUGGCCCUCGGCUUCGUGGACCGAAUGGGACGCGUACCACCGCGGAGACUACGACUACGACUACGGCCACGACCACGACUACGACCACGGCCGCUACGAACGACGACACGGCCGCUACGGCCACGAACGACACAGCCGCUACCCGCCGCCGCCGCGACCCCGCCGCCAUCCCCCCCCCCCGCCGCCGCCGCGACAUCCAUACGAAUCCUAUCACGUCCGCGGCGACCCCGGGGGAUACCCCGCGCCCCCGGGAACGCCCCCGACGGGUCACCGCCGCGGCGACCGACGAGAGGGGAGACCGAGAGAGGAUGAUCCUCGCGCGCGGGCGGCGUCUUUCGGCGGCGACGACGCCGCCGGCGCCGCGAGGGAGGCGGCGCGCGCGGCGCUGAGGUUCGCGCCGGGCGGCGGCGUGGUGGACGACGCGGACGUGGACGAGCUCGCCAACCUGCUGAUGUCGUGGUACUACGCCGGGUAUUACACCGGGUCGUACAGCAGGCGUCCCGGCGGCGGGCGGUGA